ACACAUUUAGAAUUUAGCUGGCCAUUAUUUUUAUAUGAUUGGCAACCUUGCUGUCCGCUGUCAAUUCUUUAAUUCAAUUGUCAGUUGUCAAAUUGUUUACACAUGUCGUUUGCACCAUAUUAAAUAGUUUUAAAAGUUAAUUAAUCUUUUCAUACGUAAUUUAUAAACUAUUAACUAUUAAGUAUUAGUUAGAACAUAUUAAGUAGUAUAAAAAUUCAUUAAAUUUACGCACCAUGUCCGAAUCAGUGGAAAAACACAUGGAGUCUAUGACUGAAGAAAUUGAGGAAAUGAGGAGAAUAAAAUUGUUUUCUGUAGAGGAAACUAGGGCAAUACUUAAAAAGAGAAAACAUUACGAAUACAAGAUAAAUGGAGUGUCGAAAAAUCUACAAGACUUUAAAAACUAUAUCCAGUAUGAAAAAAUUCUUCUUAGGGACAUUAAAGUGAGGAGAAAUAAAUAUCGAGUGGCUGAUAGGAAGAACAGUAUCGAAUUUAAAAUUUUAAAAAGAAUAAAGUACUUGUAUGAAAUAGCCCUGCAGAGAUUUUCAAAUGAUUUUGCAUUGUGUUUAUCAUAUUUUAAAUUUUGUAAGGAAUUCAACUACAAUAGACCUGCGUCCCUUGUUAUACAAAAUAUGAUAAAGAAUUUUUCUCAUAAUCCGGAAGUGUGGCAAGUUGCAGCAGCGUGGUAUAUUAAGACAGAUUUAAACCAGGCUUUAAACGUGAUACAUAAAGGAUUAAUGAUCCAUAAAAAUUGCCAACUGCUUUAUAGAGAAGCUAUACAGUUGGAACUCUUAAAUAGAGAAAAAGACGAGUGGGCGAAAGAUGUAAAACUGCCCAAAUCCAAGGAUGAAUUAUGUUGUGAUAAAAUUAAUACUUAUAUUCAAUCCAUUUUCAAGAAUAUUUUGGAUUAUAAUUUUUUGUUGGAGAUAUUAAAAAUACUUGAACAACAUAAUUUUACCAGCGGUGUGCAAAACACAAUUAUUGCUAGACUAUUAGAAUGUUAUUGUGAUGAAGAGCUUGUGUGGCAUACUCUAGCCCAAAGAGAAAAAAAUGGCUUCCAUUUUGGUGUUGUCGAUGAGGCAAUAUUGAAAUCGACAAAGUUUUGUUUGAACAGAAGUUUCCAGAAAUACGAGGAAGGCCUGUCAAAAAUAUCCGAACAAAAAAAAGCAGCGUUAUGGACUUUGUAUUUGGAUUUCUUGAUAGAGUUGCAGCAAGAAAACGAUGUGGCGGCUAUAAUAAAAAAGAACAAACUUUUAUCUGCCCUGGAAGCUGCAAGUAAACAGAUUCCUUUGGAAGAAAAAUAUUUUAUUGUUUGGGCUAAGCUUACAAACAACGAGGCAGAGACGGUUAAAGUUAUAGAAAAAGGACUGGCAACAGCCCCAAGUUCUAUAGAAUUGUGGAAAUUGAGGUUAAGGUGUGCCAUUAUUAAAGACCAUGUAAAGGACGUCAAUCAAAUAUUUAACAGAGGACAGUUACAGUUAAAAGAAAAAUCUGCCCCUCUAUGGAUAAUGACCCUUAGAUAUCACACUUUAACAUCUGGCAAUGAAGUACUAGAACUAAUUUAUAAAGGCGGGAUCGAGCAACCUAAAGAGAUUUCCGAUAUCUUCAAACCGGAAUAUAUCGAAUGGCUUGCAUUGUGUAAGGGGAUUAGAAACGCCAGGAAAGCAUAUAAUUUAUUAGCUCAACAAAAGCCAUAUUGCAAAGAAUUACACAACGCCAUGUUUAAAAUCGAAUCAUUAGAGAUGGAUCAAGACGUCGACGAAAUGGAAAAUGUUCUUAAAUUAGCAUGGGAACAGUUUGGGAGCGAAGAUAUUGAAGUAUCCAUAAAUUAUAUACAAUUUUAUCUACAGAACCACAAAACAUUUGAGGACAAAAAUCCUUCUUUCGACGUUAAUGACAAAAUUUUAGACAUUUAUAGAAAAACUGUAAGCAGAUUAGAACAGUGUAACGAUCCAUUGUUGUUGUCCAAUUUUAAGGAGAAGUAUGAUUCAGUAAGAAACUCAACGGAUAUUUAAGGUACACGAUUGUUUUGUAAAUAAUAUAAAUAUUUUUGGAUACGAAAAUCUUUAAAAAAUUCGUAAUAGUGAUGCAACCUACGUGAUAAUAAUGUGUGGUUACCAGAUAUUUCUCUCAACAUUACUACUUUGGUAUUAUGGUAAUCUGGUACAGUUAAUUUUUGUAUGAGGUAAAGAAAAUUAGUGUUAAAAUAUGAUCGUCUGGGAUUUUUUUACUAGUAAAAUGAUAAUGGGUAUGUAUGUGUGAAAAAUUGUAUAUUUCUAAACUUCGAAGGCUUUGCACAUUUUACUGAUUUGAAAUCAUAUUGUCGCGGAUUUUGGUAGGUCGGCGGUUGGGCGCCAUGUGGGACGAUUCUGGCUGCAAUUGUGAAUCUGAAUGAAUUGUAGACUUUUCUUGAAGAAUUGUUACGGGUACUCAAAACAUGGGCGAAAUAGUACAUGCUGCGCCAAUUUGUUGCAUAAACAAACAUCGCCAUAUUUUAACAAACUUUUUUUGUCUCUUACAAAAGUGAUUUUUACCUAUCAAUGGACACCUGUACAUUGUGUAUUUGUUUUUAGUUAUCUCCUCUUAAUUGUAGAUAUUUUAAAAUAAAGGUGAACACUAUUAUUCCAUCCA